GCAGCAGGCCGGUGGAUCCGGGCCGCUCAGUCCUGCCCAUGGCCGAGUCGGCGGCCCCCGCCGGUCCCGUGGCUGCGCCGGCUGCGGGAGUCGCAGUCCCGGAGCGCGAGGACCCCGCGUGGCCCUGGAAAGAUGCCCCGAUCGCGGCGCUGGUGCGGCGCAUCCACCAGCUGCAGGCCGAGCGCGCACAGGCCUUCCGGCGGCUGGAGGAAGGCCACCGGCAGUACGUGCGCAGCGGCCCGUGCUACGACUUCCCGAGCUAUCGGGCCACCGUGCACGAGGUGACGCACGUCUUCGCCGCCGCGUCGCGCGAGGUGCUGGCGCUGGAGGCUGAACUGGCCGGGCCCCGCGGGCAGCCGCUCCUCGCCGGCCACGUGCGCCGCCUGCAGCAGCUGGAGGAGACGCAUCUGGCCACGGUGGCCCUGCUGCAGCUGAUGGGGAGCCCCGAGCUGGCACAGGAGGAAGAUGCGCAGCAGAAGGAGCAGCUGAAGACCAAGGUAAUUAAAACCAUGGAGGCGAUCAGCGAGGCCCUUCAGGACCUCAGGUUUGAUGCGGACUCUGCCCAGUGAUGGCGCCUGGCCCAGCCCUCCCGGCCAGCUGGCGCGGGUCGAGCCCCGGGGCGCCGCGGGACCCUCCCCAGGCUGGCUCCGCUUUGAGCAAUAAAACAUCCUCUUCU